AUGGGUCGAUCGGGUUGGGCGGAGUGUGUGCUUGUUUGGAAGAGACAAGUGGUGGGUGUUGGGUCUCACGGGAGGAUGAGUAAAGGUCUAGACGGCGCAAGGGCUAAAAUUGCCGAGCCCCUCGACACUGUGAGAUUGCGACUCGGCCAAACCACGAACGGGUCAACUUUCGACAAGGCUGAGGCUUCCAUGGCUGUGAAGCUCAUCGCGAAGAUGCGGUCCUCAUUUCUGGGCCCUGGGCUUCGUCUAGGCCAUCCUCGAGAUCAAGCUGGGCUUACUCUUCGCCGUGCCGUUCCUGUCGAGAUCAACUGCGUCUGGACGCCUGGGUGCCGAUACCUAUAUGAAAAUCCUCUGUUUUGUAAGAGGGCAUGUUUGGCAUGA